GGGACUCUACUAGACUCCGACAACACUGAACGUCGAACGAAUCAACCUUACUAAUUUGUAUCCCUCUUUUGUAGUUCCCGUUAUCGACAUUACACCAUAGCUGUAGCAACACGAUGAGUCUUUUAUCGAAACGACGAAUGUCUCCGGUUCUGCUCUGCUUGCUUCCCGUGUGGCUGCCGUUGUGGUUAUCGAGUCCCACACCGUGUGCCGCGUUCUGGAACGUACAAACCGAAAACGGGGCAGCGGAAGUAGUCGAUCACGACUCGGGCACGCAUAAUCGCGAUGCCGAUACUCCGGCGGAAUAUGGUGUCGAUGUCUCUUUUCCCAUGCAUCAUCACCAAGUCUCCAACAACUACGCUUGGUUGCCGCACAAUACGGAUUCUUCCGUCCCCACGCCUCCCGAAUAUCGGGACAUGUCUGUCCAACCCCUCGGGAACAUGCAGGCUCGAUACGAUACCUUUUUACAGGAAUGCGUCGAGUACUACGGCAAAAAAGGUGAACGUUGUGUGUCGACCGAACAAGAUCGCAUCGCCAUGUCGCUUCGACAACCCCAAUCGAUGCAGAAUUAUACGGAACUGGGCUACAAGAAGAUCCGCGCGCCCGAAGCCGUCUACAAGCUUAUUCGGGAGUUCUGGGAUCGUAACAACAAGGAGCAAAAGAUCGAGCAGUGGGGUGUGGGAAAUACAUACACCAACAACUGGAAGGCUCCCACUUAUAUGGUAUCAGUGGAAGACAAAGGUCUGCGUGGCGGAGGUUACGUUUUGAAACAAAAGAUUUGGGACGCCGCUCGCGAUACCAUUCAGGAAUGGACGGGUGAGGAACUCACACAGUGUAGUUUGUACGGUAUUCGGGUGUACAAAGACGGUGCCGUCCUGGCCCCGCACGUUGAUCGGUUGCCCUUGGUCAGCUCGGCCAUUAUCAACGUGGCCUCGGAAGUCGACGAACCCUGGCCUCUGGAAGUCAUUGGACACGAUGGCCGUGCCCAGAACGUCACGAUGGAACCGGGAGACAUGGUCUUGUACGAAUCGCAUUCAGUCAUUCAUGGGCGUCCGUUCCCACUCAAGGGAUGGGUUGCUAAUCUAUUUGUACACUUUGAACCGACCGGCCAUUCGCUGCGGCACAGCGCGGAUGUGGAAGAUCUCGGGCAAAAAGACGUACACGAACGUUACAAGGAUGCCCUGGCACGGGGCUUUGGUGGACACGAAAACGAAAACAGUGGAUUGCCUCCUUACCUCUUACCCGGAACUCCGGAAGAAAAUCACUGGCGAAAGCAGCACCCGAGUGGACACAAGUCCCAGCAAAAGAGUUUUGCCACAGGCACGACCACGGCACACGUUGCUGCACAAAAGGGCAGCCUCGGUGAACUCAAGGCUGAAAUCAACCGCAAGAAAGACGCUAUACAUGCACGGGACGAGAAUGGAUGGACGCCCUUGCAUGAGGGUGCUCGUAGCGGGCAUCUGGACAUUGUCAAAUAUCUGGUGGAACUUGGAGCCGACGUGAACGCUACCACGAGCAGUGGAGGAGGUACCGCGCUUUGGUGGGCUAAGGAAACGUUCGGCGCCGAAGGAAAUCCCGUUAUUGACUUUCUUGAAAGUAUGGGCGCUCUGAACGCCGGUCCAGAACUCUAGUGCGGUCUCGUUCGCUAUCAUGACUUGUACGUCGCGAUGGCGUUAAGACAAUUAAAUUGCGCACCGGAUUUGUGAUAUUUUACAGUUAGCCAACCCGUAUAUUAAUAUUAAAAAGGACAAGUCGUAUGUGUAU